AUGAAGAAGUUUAAUUUCCGAAAAGUUUUGGAUGGCUUAACUGCCUCCACCCCUGGCAGUGGUAGCAGCAGUGGCAGUAACAGUGGUGGUGGGGCUGGAAGUGGUUCCGUACAUCCAGGAGGGACUGCGGGGGUUCUCAGAGAAGAGAUCCAGGAAACCUUGACUUCAGAGUAUUUCCAGAUUUGCAAGACAGUUCGACAUGGUUUCCCUUAUCAGCCCACAGCGUUAGCCUUUGAUCCAGUUCAGAAAAUUCUGGCUAUUGGGACAAGAACAGGUGCUAUAAGAAUACUUGGGAGACCUGGUGUUGAUUGUUAUUGCCAACAUGAAAGUGGUGCAGCUGUCCUGCAGCUUCAAUUUUUGAUCAACGAGGGUGCUUUGGUCAGUGCAAAUUCAGAUGAUACACUUCAUUUGUGGAAUCUUAGACAAAAAAGGCCAGCUAUUCUUCAUUCUCUUAAAUUUAACCGGGAACGAAUUACUUACUGUCAUCUACCUUUCCAGAGUAAAUGGCUCUAUGUUGGAACAGAAAGAGGAAAUACACAUAUUGUAAAUAUUGAAUCUUUCAUUCUUUCCGGAUAUGUUAUCAUGUGGAACAAGGCAAUUGAACUAUCCACCAAGACGCAUCCUGGUCCAGUUGUACAUUUAAGUGAUAGUCCAAGAGAUGAAGGGAAGUUGCUAAUAGGUUAUGAAAAUGGAACUGUAGUAUUCUGGGACUUGAAAUCUAAAAGAGCCGAACUAAGAGUUUAUUAUGAUGAGGCUAUUCAUUCAAUUGAUUGGCAUCAUGAGGGCAAACAGUUCAUGUGCAGCCAUUCAGAUGGUAGCUUGACUUUAUGGAACCUGAAAAGCCCAAGUCGCCCUUUCCAGACCACAAUUCCACAUGGAAAAAGUCAAAGAGAAGGAAGAAAAUCUGAGUCUUGUAAACCAAUUCUUAAAGUAGAAUACAAGACCUGCAGAAACAGUGAACCAUUCAUAAUAUUCUCUGGUGGGCUGUCCUAUGACAAAGCUAGCAGAAGACCAAGUUUAACCAUCAUGCAUGGAAAAGCAAUUACAGUACUUGAAAUGGAUCAUCCUAUUGUUGAAUUUCUAACUUUAUGUGAAACACCCUAUCCAAACGAAUUUCAGGAACCCUAUGCUGUUGUAGUACUUCUGGAGAAAGAUCUCAUUGUCGUUGACCUGACACAAAGCAAUUUUCCGAUCUUUGAAAAUCCAUAUCCCAUGGACAUUCAUGAAUCACCAGUUACAUGCACUGCAUACUUUGCUGACUGCCCUCCAGAUUUGAUUCUAGUGCUCUAUUCUAUAGGAGUAAAGCAUAAAAAACAAGGAUACAGUAAUAAGGAGUGGCCAAUCAGUGGAGGAGCUUGGAACAUCGGGGCACAAACAUAUCCUGAAAUUAUUAUUACUGGUCAUGCAGAUGGAUCAAUAAAAUUUUGGGAUGCUUCUGCAAUAACUCUGCAGAUGCUAUACAAGCUGAAAACAUCAAAAGUGUUUGAAAAGCAGAAGGUAGGAGAAGGAAAACAAACAUGUGAAAUUGUAGAAGAAGAUCCAUUUGCCAUUCAGAUGAUUUACUGGUGUCCAGAAAGCAGAAUAUUCUGUGUAUCAGGAGUAUCAGCAUAUGUUAUAAUUUAUAAGUUCAGCAGACAUGAAAUUACAACAGAAAUAGUGUCAUUAGAGGUACGACUUCAGUAUGAUGUUGAAGAUAUUAUUACCCCUGAACCAGAAACAAGUCCUCCGUUUCCAGAUCUCUCAUCCCAGCUUCCUUCUUCAAGGAGUCUUUCCGGGAGCACUAACACUGUGGCUAGCGAAGGAGUAACAAAGGACAGUAUCCCAUGCCUCAAUGUUAAGACACGACCAGUGCGGAUGCCUCCAGGAUAUCAAGCAGAACUUGUUGUUCAGUUGGUGUGGGUAGAUGGUGAACCUCCCCAACAAAUUACUAGUCUUGCUGUAAGCUCAGCAUAUGGAAUACUUGCAUUUGGGAACUGCAAUGGGUUGGUUGUGGUGGAUUUCAUACAGAAGACAGUACUGCUAAGCAUGGGGACCAUUGACCUAUAUAAAUCAAGUGACCUAUACCAACGACAACCACGGUCUCCUCGAAAAAACAAGCAGUUCAUCACAGACAACUUUUGCAUGCGUGGCCUGUCUAACUUUUAUCCUGAUUUAACGAAACGGAUCCGUACUUCCUAUCAGAGCUUAACUGAGCUAAAUGACAGUCCAGUCCCUCUGGAACUUGAGCGCUGCAAGUCUCCUACUUCAGACCAUGUAAAUGGACACUGCACAAGUCCAACUUCUCAAAGUUGCACUUCUGGAAAACGUCUUUCUAGUGCUGAUGUUUCAAAAGUAAAUCGCUGGGGUCCUGGAAGACCACCAUUUCGAAAGGCACAGUCAGCUGCUUGUAUGGAAAUUUCUUUACCAGUUACAACAGAAGAAAACCGAGAAAAUUCCUACAAUCGUUCUAGAAGCUCUAGCAUCUCUAGUAUUGACAAAGAUUCUAAAGAAGCAAUUACAGCACUAUAUUUCAUGGACUCCUUUGCACGGAAAAAUGACUCUACCAUCUCACCUUGUCUGUUUGUUGGAACUAGUCUAGGAAUGGUAUUAAUCAUCUCCCUAAACCUACCAUCAACAGAUGAACAAAGGUUUACAGAGCCGGUAAUGGUAUUGCCAAGUGGUACAUUUCUCUCACUGAAAGGAGCUGUACUAACAUUUUCCUGUAUGGACCGAACUGGUGGAUUAAUGCAACCACCAUAUGAAGUUUGGAGGGAUCCAAACAAUAUAGAUGAAAAUGAAAAAUCAUGGCGAAGGAAAGUAAUCACGAACUCAUCCUCUGCAUCCCAAGAAGCAGGAGAUCAUCAGUAUACAAUAAUAUGCUCAGAAAAACAAGCCAAAGUCUUCUCACUGCCUUCUCAGACUUGCCUUUAUGUUCACAACAUCACUGAGACAUCUUUUAUACUGCAAGCAGAUGUGGUGGUCAUGUGUAACAGUGCCUGUCUGGCAUGUUUUUGUGCUAAUGGACAUAUCAUGAUAAUGAGCCUACCUAGUCUUCGCCCAAUGUUGGAUGUUAAUUAUUUGCCACUGACAGACAUGAGGAUAGCACGAACGUUUUGUUUUACUAAUGAAGGACAGGCAUUAUACCUCGUCUCUCCUACUGAAAUUCAGCGGUUAACAUACAGCCAAGAAAUGUGUGAUAAUCUACAGGACAUGCUAGGAGAUUUGUUUACUCCCAUAGAGACACCAGAAGCUCAAAAUAGAGGCUUCCUCAAGGGGCUUUUUGGUGGAAGUGGACAAACAUUUGACAGAGAAGAGCUCUUUGGGGAAGCUUCAGCAGGAAGAGCGUCCCGGAGCCUUGCUCAACACAUUCCAGGACCAGGUAGCAUAGAAGGGAUGAAAGGUGCUGCUGGAGGCGUGAUGGGAGAGCUGACUCGAGCACGGAUUGCACUUGAUGAGAGAGGACAGAGGCUAGGAGAGCUGGAAGAGAAAACUGCAGGCAUGAUGACCAGUGCAGAAGCAUUUUCCAAACAUGCACAUGAGUUAAUGCUGAAAUACAAGGAUAAGAAAUGGUACCAAUUCUAA